GCUGCCGCGGCAGAGCAAGGCAGGAGGUGCGCGCCACGGAGUCCGGGGCGAGGCGGCGAGGCGGCAGGGCGGCAGCGGCUGGGGCUCAGGCGCGCAGGGGCCGAUCGGCGGCCGCGAGGGUGCAGAGAGGCGAGCCGCAGCGCAGAAGCACGGCGAGCCACGGCCCCCUUGACCACCCAGCCCGACCACCGCAGCGCCUGCAGUUGUGAGCGCGCCCGGCACUGCGCGCUGGCGAGUGCGCGCGGGCGGGGGCGCGCAGGCCCUGCCCGCCCCUUCCGUCCCCACCCCACUCCGCCCCUUCCUCUCCCCAUCUUCUCCCCUCCUGCGCCCCCGCUCCGGGCUCCUACCCUGUCCUCCUCCUGCGGGAGCGCUGUCCGCCGCGGCGGCCGGAGCAGGCCGGGCCGGGCCGGGGGAUGGCGCUGCUGGACCUGGCCCUGCAGGGAAUGGCCGUCUUCGGGUUCAUCCUCUUCUUGGUGCUGUGGCUGAUGCAUUUCAUGGCCAUCAUCUACACGCGACUGCACCUCAAUAAGAAGGCAACAGACAAGCAGCCGUACAGCAAGCUCCCAGGCGUGUCUCUUCUGAAACCACUGAAAGGAGUGGACCCCAACCUCAUCAACAACCUGGAAACAUUCUUUGAAUUGGACUACCCCAAAUAUGAAGUGCUCCUUUGUGUACAAGACCAUGACGAUCCAGCCAUUGACGUAUGUAAGAAGCUUCUUGGAAAAUAUCCAAAUGUUGAUGCCAGAUUGUUUAUAGGUGGCAAAAAGGUUGGCAUUAAUCCCAAAAUUAAUAAUUUAAUGCCAGGAUAUGAAGUUGCAAAAUAUGAUCUCAUCUGGAUUUGUGAUAGUGGAAUAAGAGUGCUCCCGGACACCCUCACUGACAUGGUUAACCAAAUGACAGAGAAAGUAGGCCUGGUCCACGGGCUGCCUUACGUAGCAGACAGACAGGGCUUUGCCGCGACAUUGGAGCAGGUAUAUUUUGGAACUUCUCAUCCGAGAUCCUAUAUCUCUGCCAAUGUAACCGGUUUCAAAUGUGUAACAGGGAUGUCUUGUUUAAUGAGAAAGGAUGUGUUAGAUCAAGCAGGAGGGCUUAUAGCUUUUGCUCAAUACAUUGCUGAAGAUUACUUUAUGGCCAAAGCAAUAGCUGACCGAGGUUGGAGGUUUGCGAUGUCCACGCAAGUCGCCAUGCAGAACUCUGGCUCAUACUCAAUUUCUCAGUUUCAGUCCAGAAUGAUCAGGUGGACCAAAUUACGAAUCAACAUGCUUCCUGCUACAAUAAUUUGUGAGCCGAUUUCGGAAUGCUUUGUUGCCAGUUUAAUUAUUGGAUGGGCAGCUCACCAUGUGUUCAGAUGGGAUAUUAUGGUAUUUUUCAUGUGUCAUUGCCUGGCAUGGUUUAUAUUUGACUACAUUCAACUCAGGGGUGUCCAGGGUGGCACACUGUGUUUUUCAAAACUUGAUUAUGCAGUGGCUUGGUUCAUCCGUGAAUCCAUGACUAUAUAUAUUUUUCUGUCAGCAUUAUGGGACCCUACGAUAAGCUGGAGAACUGGGCGCUACAGGCUGCGGUGCGGGGGCACAGCCGAGGAGAUCCUGGACGUAUGACGGCAGCUUGGUGACUGUGCACGCAGGGCGCAGGACAUGUGUGACGAGUCACGUUUAUAGAAAUGCUCUUAAAGACCUGCCUUCAGUAGUUUUUAUCACGUGUAUGUGUUGGCCUCUGCUCUUUAAUUUAUUUUGCAUGGCGCUUGCAUCUGUGAAAAGAGAAAAAAAAACACCGAAACACCCAUCUGUAGUCUUGGCCAAAUGGUAUACUUUAUUUUGUGGAAGUAGAGACUCAAAAGAAUUGGUUCUAGGAACCUGGGUUUGGUUUUUGUUGUUGUUUUUUUAAAUAAAUAUAUGUAUAUAUGUGUAUACACAUAUAUACAUAUAUCUGUAUAUAUAUAUAUACACGCUCUGCAACAAACACUGACAGUAUCCUUCAGUAGAGAAAGUUUCUUAUGUGUGAGUACACUCUUUUAGGACAUUUAUGGGAUGGUGGCAGCUCCGUCUGAGGGUGUGGGAGAGACUGGACGGCAGUCGCUGUUCCCGUCUAAAGGGAGCGGUGGUACGCAGUGGACAAUCCCUGGUGAGGUACUAACAGGAAACUUUUUCAUGCUUUAUGCCUACCUCUCGUAGUUGUUGCAGAGCAGAUAUAAAUUGUAACAAGGUAGCUAAGCCUUGCAAAAACAAACAAAAACUUUAAAAAUAAUAAUAAUAAUAAUAACAAAAGAGCCGGAGUCUAGUGUUUCUGUGAAUCUGUGAGGGAGAUUGUUUUGGUCUCACUGCAAUGAACCCAAAGGGGUUGAGUUUGGUUUUUAAUCACAGCCAUGUAUCGAAGGCAUCUUCUUGACCAACUCUUGUCGGUUCUGUCUUGAACCAUUGUUAAUCACUGUGCUGGUAAACCUUUCCUUCCCUGCUCCUUGCCUGACCCACCCUGUCUUUCCUUAACUUUUUUUUUUUGAGGGGGGCGGGGGGGUUGGGGUGGUUUUGUUUUAGUGUGAGUGAAUGUUUUGAUAGUUGUGAGGAAAAAUGCAUUUCAGACACAUUUCACACAUGAGCUAUUUUCUUACACAGUAUGUCUUAUUGUUAAAAAGAAUGUAAUUUCAUGAUACAGGUAUUUAAUAUCUUUUUUAAGUAAGUAACUAUUCUAGCCACCAAUAAAUAAAUUGCAGUAGGGUAUUAAGAGGGAACAGGAAGAGUUUUACUCUUAAAAAAAAAAUCAGUAUCAAACUAAGUCUACUGUGUGUGGGGGGGGUUUUGUUUGUUCUUCUGGUUGGUGUUUUUGUUUUUGUUUUUUAUGAUUACGUUUAGUCUAGUCUUAUUUAAAUUGGAUUUUUGUAUUCCAGUUUGUAUGACAAAAUAGACUAGAUCAGCGCUGUUGUAAAUGCAUGCUGUGUUUUUGCUCUUCCUGCCCCAUCUCGGGCCGCUGGACUUGCUUGUCAGGAUGUGCUCAACUUGUGGUGAACUGGACUUGUUUUUUGUUUUUAAAAAAGUAGGUAAAUAUGUAAGGGACCGUGCAUAAGCCUUUCUUUUUCUUUUUCUGUUUUUUUUUCCUCUUUUUGUAGUGGCACCUUUGCUUUUCCUUUAGGAUUGGCUGGCAUGUUGUCCACAUGAACGCCUGCUGCGGGCUGACCUUGGCAAUGUGGCAGCUUGAGUCCUGAGUUCUGACUGUUUCCGUGUCCACCCAUGAUGUGUAGCAUAUUAGCAAUAACUACAUAUUUAUAGAAAAUGAACACUUUUUCACUGCACUGAGCCAACGAGCCAACUCAUUUAACUGUUGAAUGACUAUUUACAUGGGUUAAAUUGUAAUAUACCUAUAAAGGUGUAUAUACUGUGUAUACACAUCCUACAAUAAGCUUUUCUCUGGGCCAAACUGCUUCACUCUCUCUUUUUUUUUUUUCCUUUGCCUUAUGAUGAAUUUGUUUGAAGGGCAUCUUCUCCAUGAACAAAGGCUUCGAUGCGUAGUCCUUCCUACGUGAAAUGGGUAGUAUUGUUCCCUCAGGAGAGUUGCACAGUGAGAACCAGUCUAGUUGUGACCCACUUUGUGUUUCUGUUUUUAAAUCACUAUCCCACCAGUUGUGUUUUGCUGACCAUGUUUGUCAUGUGUUGGUUUGUUUCAUGAAGUUUGGUUGAUGCCAUCCUUUGCACUGCUGAAGUGAAUCUUGCUUAUUUCUUAGCUUUUUGCUGAGUGCAGUAUGGGCAAGGGGACAACAGAACUGAAAUGGCUGGACAGACUUCUUGUGUUUUGUAACUAUAUUAAAAACAAUGACUGUUCUGUAUGUGUGUUUUAUGUGGUAGUGGAGUAUUUCCUUAAAGUGAAGCUUCACUUAAGCAGACAGAGUGAUUUUUUUUGUUUGUUUAGCAAGUUUAGAGUGCUGAUAAAAUGGUAAGAAUAAUAUAAAUGUUGAAGAAAGCAUCACAACAGAACUGUAGAAGUCCAAAAUUUAGUCAACUGUCUUUUAAAAAGUAUCCGAAUAUAUCAUGUUUUAUUAUUUAAAAUCAUUGUCCUUAAGUUUUUUGUUCAAAAAAUAAAAAUUUGAAUACA